AUGGGAGCUCCUCAAGAAGAUCCAUAUUUUGAAGAAAUUCCAGAAAAAGAUUUACAUUUUUAUCAAAGAAAAGGAGCUAAAAGAAAAAGAAAAUUACCAUCAUAUAUUCCAAAACAUGAUUUAAAAAUCUUAAAUAAAGUUAAAAAUAGAGCUUAUACUUUAGAUUUACAAUUAAGUUUUUGUGGGAUAAGAAUUGGUUGGUCUGGUAUAAUUGGUUUAAUUCCAUGGAUUGGUGAUUUUAUAGCAUUUUUUUUUGCUUAUCAAUUAGUUAGAACUGCUAAAAAAAUUGAAGGUGGUUUACCAAAGGGUUUAGAAACUGAAAUGAUGGCUAAUGUUACUUUUGAUUUUGGUAUUGGUUUAAUUCCAAUAGUUGGUGAUUUUAUUAAUGUUUUAUAUAAAUGUAAUUCAAGAAAUUUUAUUUUGUUGGAAAAACACUUGAUUAGAAAAUAUGAAGGACUAAAUGGUGGUAUUGAAAAUCCAAAUAAUUCAGGUACAGCUGCUGCAGUCACUAAUAAAAAUAGACAAGCUACUGCUGCUAAAUAUGAAUCAACUGAAGAACCUUAUAAUCCUGAACUUCCAAGACCACAAAAUAAUAUUCCACCAAAUUAUAAAGGACGACCUGUUCCUGAUCCACCACUUGAUACUACUCAAAUUGGAAAUAAAGUUUAG